UUUCAUCAGAACAGAGGGCACUGUGACAAAAGCCAUGAAGCUACGUAUUGUUACACUGAUAUAUCAUUCUGUAUCCAUGUAACUGGAAUGUGAAUGCCUUUUAUGCUUCUAUUUGACCAUGCAUUAUACAAAUAUCACUAUAAAUAUUGAAUAUAUUAGUCGAUAUUAGGUUGGUAGGUAAAUAUAUACUAUUAGUACUUGCAUGUUAUAACUCCUUUCCCAAUCGCCAUUUUAGCUUGGAAUGUUUAGUAGAAGCAUACGGAAUACUGACCUGUGAAUUGCUAGAACACAUAGAGAAAGACACGUUAAACUAGUUGAAGAAAUCAUAGAUAGAGAAAAGUUAAAACAGUUGAAGAAGAUGUUGUCUAGAUUAUCCAGGUUAACUUUAGGUGUUAGUCUCGUGUUGUUAUUGGUUGGUGGAGUUUAUUGUGAAGUUGUCGAAGGUUGUUAUGGACCACCGGAACCAUGCCUGGAGCGCACCCUGUCUUGUGAAGAUGGUAACGUUGUAAUAAUAAAUACAGAAAGAGCAACUAUCGUAUACGGUAGUAAGCGUAAUACUUGUAGAAGAUCACAGGAGGAGCAGUGUAAUUCGACUUGUUGUAUGUAUGAGUCAGGAGAUCGUAUAAGAUCAAUUCUCGGAAGGGAGCGGUUAUCCGUAUAUCAAAACUGUACCAAUCAACGCAGCUGUAACCUCACGCCAUUUUACCAACCUAAUACAGGCUACGAAUUUGUGUCUUACAAGUAUUUAUGUCUUAAAGAGAAUGCCGUACACAACUUGUUAAAUCUAACAGCCCAAUCAAUGACGAACGAGUCGUUUAUUUACUAUUCUGGCGAAGACCAACCACUGGACAAUUCGUGUUCCUGUCAGAUUAGCAACAUCCAGAUAGAAGAUACGUUGGUAGUUUACUACAGACUCUUAAGUUUUGAGACUUGUAGCAAAAUAAGAAUAUUUCCCCAAGACGAGAGAUUACUGAAUUGUAGUACAUAUAACGAGAACUUCCAAGAACCUGUGAAUAUGACUGGUGGUAGUCGACUUCAGUUCAAGGAUUUGGUAUUUAAACGUCAAGAGUUCUUCUUGUUUAAAUUAACAGUGAGCCAGGGUUCAAGAGAUAUCUCAUGUGUAUGUACUGGUCCACCUGUAAUUAAUAGUUCAGAGUUUGAAUAUACCGGUUUGAUGAUUGGUUUGAUUGUUGCUGCUCUUAUGAUAAUUGUAGGUGUAGUACUGUUUUGCUAUUGGAGGAAACGGACAGAGCAAGCAGAUGAUGUAACCGUUAACAACAGGUAAAACGGGUCGUUAGUCCAGGCAUGAUACAAAAAGUGGAGGCAGUUGCUGUAAUAGAAAUGACGACCACGGUUUAUGGUCGGUCUAGAGAAGUAUAUUAUCUGAGAAAUUGUCGUCGUGAUUUCGAGCUCUGUAAAAAAUACACGUGGAAUGUCACACAUUUUACUAUCAUUUUAACUAAUAUUGCAAAAUGUUGUAAAGCUAUUGAAAUGGAGGAGUCUGUGUCGAGGUAUAAAUGGCGCCAAAGUUCAAUCUUGCGGACCGCUGUAUUUUACAGUAUAAUUAGUCGCCAUGUCAAAAGAUGACAAAUGACAACUGGACAUUAAUCUAGUGAGGCUGGUGUCCCUAAAUAAAUGACAAUCGUUAAUAACUUGCAGAUCUAUCAUUUUUAUAAAGCAUAUAACAAUGAAAUUGUUCAUCACUCUAUGUAACCCAAGCAAAACAUGCUGAUUGUCGAGCUUAGUCAAGAUAUUGACGUAAUGAAACUAUACACGUUGCUUAGAUCCGCUCAUUAUCCAACUUAGCCAAGGCAUUCACCUAAUAAACGACUGGACAAAGUUUGAACAUUCGAGCUAAAUUAGAAGCAAUGUUAUUUACCCAAAAAUUGUGAUAAACAUACGAUACAGACAGGUGGACAGAUAGGCGGGCGGACGGACAUAACUUUUCUUGUAACAGCGAUCACCGCCUGCUAUUCGUCCCUAUCAGACCACGUAAAAAAAAACAAUGGCUCGCAAAAACGACAUUUGGUACCAUGAACCUCAUAGAACUCGUCCCGUCUACUUCCAUAGCUUUACAACCUUUUUAAAUUUUAGCUGGGGAAAGGGGAAGAAAAACUUAAGAAUAAACCCUCUACAGAAAAAACUCGGCCUUCCCACCUCGGUUUUUCUUUUUCUCAAGUUAUUUUCUUCAGUCUUUCUUUCUCCUUCCCCAGCAUAACAUCAGUCUCGUGCUUUAUCCUACAUACAUUGACUUGGCGGUAUAACUAAUCACCUAUGUGUAUGGAAAUGGAUUCAGCUACCCAGAAAGAAUACAAAUUGGCAUUUUCCAGCCAAACUGGUGGCUAUUUUAGAUUUUGGACAGUAUGUCCAUUUGGACACGAAUUUCCGCCUGGGACUUUUUGGGGUGAUAAUAUACGUCUAAACCGACCAUAUAUCUUAGUGGGUAUUUCUAUUGCGGCAACUGCUCGGGAUGAUGGUGAAUAUCGAUCGAGGAUGACGGGGACAGAGACAAUUACGUAAUACCUUGUGAAGACACUGGUUUUAUCCCGAUAUGAACAACCCAACCGCUUCCAGGAGUACGAGUGGAACCACGCCUGGUACUGGGAAACAAGUGACGUCACCUGAACCACCCGAUGAUUUCUAUGAAAAGGUGGAGACGGACCCCGACGACGACGCAGCACUGGAUAUAUAUGAGGAAAUGGACAGCGCGAAACUUUAAUGAAAUCUUGGCUCAGUGAGUAAGGCGCUGGAUUAAUAACCAGGGGGUAUAGGGUUCGAUACUAGGGGGUUUUCCGGUGUGGUUGGCCCUUGUUAGAUGGUACAGGACCGAGAACCUGAACGGGAAAGUGUCUAGUCCCUCGGGCGGAUGUAAUAACCCUGGUCUCGAGUGCUUGUUGUGUACGUAAAAGAACACUUGCAAAUUGGAGUUGGAUAUAAGAGUAGGCCGUAUCGCCUCUGUCCGGGCAAACUUUUCUCUAUAGUACAUUGGGAACGAAAUCUGACCACCUGGUUAGCGAGCCAGUGCCUUACUCACUGAGCUAACGCGGCCCUCCCAUUAUAAAUGAAUAAGUUUAUAAUAUUUACUACUAUUUGAUUAUUGUAAUCUUUAUAAUAUGUUAUUUUUGUAUGUUAAUAUGAUAUAGCAGGUAGAUAAAUUGUAUAAAUUAAAUAUUAAUAUAGUGUUACAACCAUCGAUUGGGAAGCCGGUAAAAUACUAAUUUUACUUUAAACACUAUUUUAUUCAGAUUUGUAUCUGAAUAGGGAUAUGUAUCUGAGUAGGGAUGUGUAUCUGAAUAUGAAUUUGUAUCUGAAUAGAGAUUUGUACCUGAAUAGGGAUUUGUAUCUGAAUAGGGAUUUGUAUCUGAAUAGGAAUUUGUAUCUGAAUAGGGAUUUGGGGAACUGCAUAUUAUCCUAUAUCAUAUAUUUUUGCCUGUCAGAUAUAGAUAUAGAUAUACAUGUAUUUACAUUUUAUAAAUAAACAAAAAAUGUACAA